AUGGACACUGUAGAGUCGACCACGUAUGGCACAAUCUCUCAUGCUGUAUUUCAGGCGCGAAAUCGAGACCUCGAAUUCAAGUUAUUGGUUGCACGGCUUUUACAACGCAUUGAUGAGCUCGAGAAUCAGGUCGAGCGUCUCAAGGACUUGCAGAACAUCAAGCUCGAAAUCGCCCGGAACAAUAGCCACGUCAACGCGAAGCCAUCUUCAGUUGAAGAUCAAGUCAAGGCAAGUUACCUUGUUGCAUCAUGGAAGCCGAUAUGA